UUGCAGCCGAGUUAUGGAGCACAGCAGUACGGACCAAGCAGCCAGUUUGCCAGUCAGCCUGGCCAGUACCCAACAGGCAAUCCUCAAAGGCCCAUCACAUCACCCAGUUACCCGGGCCAAAGGCUCCCUGGCCAACAGAGCACAGGCCAGUAUCCUCCACCUCCAGUAAACAUGGCUCAGUACUACAAGGCAGAGCAGUUUAAUGGACAAAACAACAGUUUUGCUGGAAGUGGCUAUACCUACAGUCAAAGUAGUCUGAAUGGGUGUCCUCUCUGUCUCUCCAUCACAAAUGCUGGGAGUGGAAAAGAAACCAAACCUCCGAGGUCUGUGGCAAGCUAUCCUCAUUCUCCUGUGCCGGGGAAUCCCACUCCGCCCAUGACUCCAGGAAGCAGUAUUCCACCAUACUUGUCUCCUAACCAGGAUGUAAAGCCACCAUUCCCACCUGAUAUCAAACCCAACCUCAGCUCCUUGCCGCCACCACCUCCAAAUACUAAAGGGAAAGUUGACACUUUCUCUCCCUCUUUGGUCUCAGCCAACGAUGAGCUGCGACUGACAUUCCCAGUCCGCGAUGGUGUGGUUUUGGAGCCCUUCCGAUUGGAGCAUAACCUGGCAGUCAGCAACCAUGUCUUCCACCUGCGGCAGUCAGUGCACCAGACAUUAAUGUGGAGAUCUGACUUGGAGCUUCAGUUUAAAUGUUACCACCAUGAAGACCGACAGAUGAACACAAACUGGCCAGCAUCGGUCCAGGUCAGUGUGAACGCCACUCCCCUCACCAUCGAGAGAGGUGACAACAAGACCUCUCACAAGCCUUUGCAUCUGAAGCAUGUCUGUCAGCCAGGAAGGAACACCAUCCAGAUCACAGUCACUGCUUGUUGCUGUUCGCACUUGUUUGUACUUCAGUUAGUGCACAGACCAUCAGUCCGCUCCGUGCUUCAAGGCUUGUUGAAGAAAAGGCUUCUCCCUGCUGAACACUGCAUCACAAAAAUAAAAAGGAACUUCAGCAGUGUGGCAGCUUCCUCGGGCAGUGCUACAUUAAACGGAGAAGAUGGAGUGGAACAGACAGCAAUCAAGGUGUCUCUGAAAUGUCCCAUCACGUUCAGGCGGAUCCAGCUACCAGCGAGAGGCCAUGACUGUAAACACGUACAGUGUUUUGAUUUGGAAUCGUACUUGCAACUGAACUGUGAGAGGGGAACAUGGAGAUGCCCUGUUUGCAAUAAAACAGCUCUCCUGGAAGGACUUGAAGUUGACCAAUAUAUGUGGAGCAUCCUAUCCAACAUUCAAAACUCAGAGUUUGAAGAGGUCACCAUUGAUCCAACGUGCAGUUGGAGACCAGUUCCACUGAAGUCUGAUAUUCACAUCAAAGAUGAUCCAGAUGGUCCACUGUCCAAGAGGUUUAAAACGAUGAGUCCCAGUCAGAUGAUUAUGCCAAAUGUCAUGGAGAUGAUUGCAGCUCUGGGACCCGGACCUUCACCAUAUCCUUCUUUACCUCCACCACCGGGAGGCAACAGUGGCAAUGAAUAUGGCAACCCGGGUAACACUUACCCCAGCCAUGGGAACUUCGAUUUCCCACAUGGCAACCCUGCUGGUACUUCUGUGAACGACUUCAUGCAUGGGCCCCAGUUGUCGCACCCUCCAGACAUGCCCAACAGCCUUAUGACUCCUGACAAGCCUCUCAGCCACUCCAUGCCUGACCAGAUGCCUCAUCCCGGCAGUACUGAUCAGUCCCAUAGUUCCAUGCAGCAAGGUUUGCACGCACUUCACCCCAGCAGCCAGUCAGGGCAGCCAUUACACCACAGUGGUCCUAGCCAGCAGCCCCGGCAGGCUGGUUCUAGCAACCAUCCGCACAGUGAUCUGACCUUUCGCCCUUCCUCCACCUUGGAAGGUCAGGCUGGUGGUCAGGGAACGUCCGACAUGCCGGAACCCUCACUGGAUCUUAUUCCAGAAUUCACAAAUCCAGAUGAGCUUCUGUCCUAUCUUGGCCCUCCUGACCUGCCCAGCAAUAGCAACGAUGACCUUCUCUCUCUUUUUGAGACCAACUGAAAGCCCGUCCCUUCACACAUCCUCACCACGUAGCCACACAAGAAGUCAAAACACCCAAUUCUGCAAGAGCUCGUACACUAGAUGAAAUGAUGCACUCCAGGCUCCUCUUGCGUUCAAGAUGGUUGAAAUGCGCCGUCACGUUGACUGAAAGCAGUGUGGGCGGUGGGAGAGGAAGCUUGUUAGGUGGUGCUACCGCUUCACUGGAAACAUCAUUUAUGAUUGAAUUUUUUUUAUAUUAUUAAGAAAGGAAAAACCUUGUAGCUUUAUCCAGUCAAUUUUUGUGAACAAAUAGGAAGAAUUCCGUUGUGUAAAGUGUCCAGGCACUAAAUUCAGGAACACAGCAAAGAAAAGGGGAAGAAUUGUUAUAUGCAGGCCAAUCCCCACCACGCCUUUCCUCCACCUUCCCACUCCCCAUCUUCGAUACAAAUACUAGAAACAGCUCCUUCGCGCAGCAGCUCCAAUGAGAAUCACAGAAGAUGGACUGAGAGGAGGGAUGGACGUAAAAAUGUAUUUAGGUCAGAAUGUAACUAGAAAGCACAACAAUGCUGGCCUGAAUGACCAAUUGGGAAUGCAUUUACAAAAAUGGUGGAAGGGAAGUCUUGGCCUCCAGACCUGAAGAAUCUUCUUCUAUUCCUGUCUAUUUCAAUACAUGUACAGAGAUUUUUCCUGUUUGUUCUUUUAUCUUUGUUUUGCAAUGUAAGAGACUGUUGGCAACCUGCAAGUCAAAUGCAAAUAUAUCCAUUCCUUGCAGAGUUUUAUUGCAAAGCACAGGUGUCUUGCUGGCAUUAUCGUGUCAAACCGGCAUUCUGUCCAUACUCGGCCAGUCAUUGAGAGAUCUCAAUAUUUGCAGCUCGGCCUCAAAAGCCAAGUGUCGGUCUUAUGAUAGUGUGCAAAUGUUGGACAACUUGCUGCAGCAAUCAGAUUGGUGAGCUGGGUAGGAUUCACUGCCAAGAAAGCUGGGAACCCUGGCGUUCAGUGGCUGAAGAAUAUCUGCAACAUUUUCCUAGUUUGUGUUUUCCCUUGCAGACUUUUCCAAGUCCUGGGAACCACAAUCACUGGCCCUACACCAAGGAUGUCUUCUCCUUUUACUACACUGACAUCUUUUUAACCUGCAUGAGCACCACACCUCUUCGCUCCUCAUUUUGUGCUGUCGUUUCUUUCUCACACUGUGUUGUUCGAUAGUUGUAUGACAAGACGGAGGAGAAACAAAUACCUGCAUGUGUGCGCGACAACUACCCUGCAUCUGUGCAGUCCAAAUGCAGACUAACUAUACCAUUUAAUUUCAUUGAAACUGCAUACUCUGCACCUCCCAAAAACCUGUACAUUUUUAUUCUGCGACACUACCUGUGCUACAUAGUUGCAAGUGCCAGAGGAAUUUGUUGCAUUUCCAAUUAGUUUUUAUUACAUUUUUUAAUUAUUAUUACUAUUGCUGAUCUUUUUUCUUUUCAUUGUACAACAAAAUGAUCUGAAGUUAGCUUGCCACUGGAAGCUUGGACAAUGCUUUCAUCACCAAAGUCACUAGUUUAUUUUACCUACAUCUUGCUCCUUCUAAAAGACAAAAUCUGAUCCAUCUCUGCUGUAUGUGCAUAGUUAUGUAUGCUAGUUACCAGUACUCAGCUGUAGAUAUUAAAAUGAAUGGCUAUUUGCCUUUGCUAGUAGCAGUAUUGAAUCUGUAAUCGUCGCGUAGAAAGUUGCCAAGUAAUUGAAUACAUUUGAGGUUCUUUUUCUCUGUCUCAAGUUAAAGGCGAUGUUCAGUAUGCAAAUUGAUUAUUUUAAAAGGCUAUUGUAAAUACCUUUGUGAAUAUUUUAGUAAUGUCUUUGAUAAUAUUCAACAUUUUCCAUGAUCAGAUUGGUUGUCUUUUUCUGUGGUUUUUAAAUUGUGGUCCCAUUUUCAAAGAGGAUUCUUCUACAGAGUAGAGGAGUAUACUUCACCUUGACCCAAAAACUGAAAACAUAAAAAAUUACAAGUGAAAGUGUUUCCCUCCUUUUCUAAGCCUCUAAGCUCUCAAAUGUGUUCCAUUAAAGUGGAAGAGAGAACACAAGACAUGAGUGCAGGACGGUUCAUUUCUGUUAAGUGAAUAAUAGGUUUCGUUUCUUGAGAAUAUUAGCAAGUUAACAGUGAGUUUUGACAUUCAGUUCUUGGAAUUUAUUUUACUGUAAGGGAAGUUUCUAUAUGUAAAAUACUGCAAUUGUUUUUAAUUGUCAAAAUAGGUUUGAGGGGGAUGGGCUGUAAUCAUCAUGUAAUGUGUAUAAUUAAAAGAUACACAGUUGACUGAAAUUUAUUACUGUAAAGUUUAUUAAUAAGCAAGAUAUACAGAUGUGGAAAAGAGAGGAGGGUAUUAUUUUGGGAUUUUCACUUAACAGAAAUUUGGGCAGUCAUAAGUGCAGAUUUGAGUAUAUUUUUAUCUCUGGGUAGGGAUGUUGGAUAGUUCAAGGAAAUUCAAUUAUAAAAUGUUGGCCCUCAUUACAUUCUUCUGAUUUAAGACGUCUGUGUGAUUUGCCCCAACAGGAAAGAUACAUGAGCUUAGAGGGUGACAUUCAUCACCAAACCAAUUGGCUGUAAGUGUAAAUUGACACUUACAGGAUCACCAGCUUUGGUGGUUGAGUUGACCUGGUGGCACGUGGCACUUUUCCACUCCACUGCUCCGGUCCUGGCUUCUGCUUAUGUGGAAGUAAUGAGGCUUCAUUCUGCAACCCCUUUUUAGUUUCUUCCCAUUUUAAAACUAGCCAGUCCCUUGGUCGGGCAAGGUACUGGUUCAUUAUUGGGAACUUGUUUGAUUGAAACAGCUUUCACAAAAACAUAAGGAUAAGUGAAGAGUAUCCAAUGACAAACAAUGCACUGCCAAUGUAUUUUUCCCGAAAAUAAAAAGUUCUAACAUGUUUUAAUGUUAUUUUAAAACAAAAGAAAUCUGCUGGUGAGUGAGCACUGGUAUGUAUGGUGUUGAAUCUUUUUUAAAAGCUGUUUCACAACUCCUAGUUCUCAUGGUUUUAUAACAGUCAUAGUGGUACCCUGGCUGGGAAGGAACCUCCAUGAUCUUUGAGUCCCCGUUCAGACUUCUGUCGGACAAAGCGGACAGAUACCAUCGUCUAUGGUAAGGGACUAAGGGACAUGUGUACAUAUGUAAAUGACAAAGGGAGACAUGUUCAAUGUAAAGAGAAGUGCGUUCAUUUUCCUGAAAUGUGCAUUGUCUCAACAAGCUUGCAAUCCAUCAGAAGUGACUGUGUGGAAAAUGAAUACUGUUUGUUAUCUUUCGUGAAGUUCCAGCAUUCAUUCACCUCUGUAAUAUACUCUGAUCCUUCAAAAGAAACCUUUGUUUUACCUAUGUGUAAUACUUAGCUUCAGUGUAUUAUCUAGUAGAUCACCUGCAUAUUUUAAGGUGCUACAAAAUUAAUGAAGAAAAUUGAGGGGUUUAAAAAAAAAAGAUUGUAACCAAAUUCAUAGUUUGUACAAUUUUUGAUAUCAUGAUCAUUCAAGAAUUCAAAAAGGGUACAAUCUCUGUGUCACAUGCAGAAAUGGCCAUUGUUUUUUUUUUCUUUCCGUUUGUACAUUGUAUGUACAAUGCAAUCAUUUCAUACUUUAAACUGGUCAGAAAACUAAUUGUGAUUUUUAGUCUUGCAAACUGUAUGUAGUUAGAUGAUGUGACAACCUAAUAUUUAUCUAAUAAAUAUGUAUUCAGAUGAAA